GAUUUCUCGUCAUUUUUUCGGCGAUCUCAAGAUCGUGAUGGUGCCACCAUGGCGGCAGCAUGCAAGUAGCUAGCGAUCAAAAGACGAGAUGAGACAAGAUGGGACAAGUUGCUUGUCGGCUAAGUGUCUCGAUACUAUGUUUGUGUUUGGCUUUGCUGCUUGUGAGGGUGUGGCGAUUGGAAUAUCAAGCUUUGAGAUAUAUCACGUCUAGUAGGACUUCUGCCCUCGACGAGCUGAUUAGCAUUGGCGUCGCUGCUGCCAUGAUGUCUGUCGCUGUCAACGAGUCUCAGUCGCAAUACAUGUACGAUCAAGACAAGAGCCAAGACAAUAAGUGUCGAUCGCUGGAUCUGGUUGUGCUGAGCUCUCGUGUCAACAACACUGAAAUUCCCUUGAAGGGUUUCGUGCAUUCUCUCUUGAGUUACACGACCAGCCCUAUCCAUCUCCAUGUGGUAUCCAGCGCACCUUCUAGCCGAUAUCAGUGGCUUCAUCAAAUCACUAACGCAACUUCAAACGAGAAGUCUUACUUUCGUGUGAGCUUUUACAAUCCGCGCAAGCUCUUGCAACGAUCGCUCGAUCUCAUUGAAAGCUCCAACCUUACGUUAGGGCAUCCUUCCUCGCGAUAUGCCAUUCAAAAGCUCUUUCUACCAGAAUUAGACAUUCGCCUUUCCUCUCCCGAAAACACCAAAGUACUCAUGAUUGACGAUGAUCAAAUCUACUUUGAGGACAUUACUCCUCUUUACGAGUACAUUCAUACUCCGCAACAGGAUCAGCAGCAACUGUCUCUCCUUUGUGCACCCGAUCGAUUCAAUAUCCGAAAAAUUUGCAAACGCAGAGGAGUGCCGCACAAUUGUCACGACGACUUGUAUUGUGUCAGCGGAUUGGUGGGAUUCCCCAUGCGCAACCAUACCGCACGACAUCAACUGGUCCACGAACUCGAACAAACCGCUCACGACAUGAUGCAAGAGUAUCCCAACAGCAUUGCAUCACAGGCCGAUCAAGAUAUAUUCAAUCGAUUCUUUCGAUACAAGAGUAAUGGCCACCGCACAGCAGACGACAACAACAACAACAAUAGCAGCAGCACUACUGCAGCGGAACAACAACAAGUCCAGGUGAUUCCCUGCGAAUGGUCGUGUGGGACGGAUGAAUGCGGCAAGGUUCUCGGGAACAUGCAGUGUCGCAAUUGCGACUGGAAAAAGUGCAAGGCAUUCCAUUACCAAGUCAAGUCGUUUCUGGAGAAUCACCAGCAACGAAAAUCGGAAUGGGCUUGGAGGCACUACUUUGAAAUGGACUCCCUGCAGCUCUUGCAAGAAACGUUCAUUCCCAACGUGCAACAGGCGUGUGCUGACAGGCACACAUCAACUCGGCUGAAAGCACCAAGUAUUGAUAUUGCAUAAUAAAGUAGCGAGUCAAGUACAACUGACAGACGCUGCUGCAAGUCGUCAACGUUGGCUGCAACAGAUGGUCCCACCCCCUGGUCCUACACCUGGACCAAAAUCACACUCCACACCAGCUCCUGCGCCGUGCUCAACCCACACAUCUGGAACUACUCCUUGGACCAGAUAGAUGCGGCCCAACACCUGGGACCUUCAUUCACUACGAGGAUACACCGUAUGCCACCGUGCACCUGCUCUCCGCGCAAUCAAAUGACGCCUCCCAGGAGAGUUAGGG